GGUCUCCUUCCCCUACCCAACUUCUUGUUCUUUCCCUUCGCACAUGAAGGGUCAAACCUUCAAAGACCGCCGCCGUUGACGCGAAGUCCGCCUCCUCUGCCCAGUCAAAGUCCGCCGCCGCUGCCGCGAAGUGCCGCCGUCGACGUCGGAGACCUUCUCGUCGAAGGCAACGACCAGAUCUGCAACGAUACAGGCCAGAUUUCAGUGGCAGAUGCCGGAUUUGCUACAAAAGUGGUCGGAUCUACAAAAAACAGUGGUUGGAGGCCGGCGGAAUAGCGACGCCGCCAGAUCUGCGGCGGAAAAUACCAUAUCUACGGCAACGGCGACAGUCAGAUCUGUAGCAGAGACCGGUUUUGACUUGGUGGCAGCGACUGGCGGUGACCGGCGGAUACCGGUGCCUGGAGGAGGCCCGGCACUCUGGUCGGCAGCAGUGAUUUCCCAACUUCAAGGGUGUUUUUGGCUUGUUACAUAUAAUAACUCCUAUUCAGGGAGUUUUUUUUUAUCUUGAGUCCUAUUUUAGCAAUUAAAGAUGCAUUUAUUCCCAUUUGGGUAAAUACCUCUAGAAUUUAAUAUAAUAAUGGUCAAAGUUGUGUGUUAACAAACGUGAAAAACGGAAUGUUGUAACUAAAAAAGAACAGAGGAAGUACAUUAAUACAUGUAUGUAUGCAUGCAUGCACAUUUAGUUUUGUCUGGCGCUGCAGUUGAGCCAUCGACAUAGCUGUCGAGACCAAGGCCAAUGAGGGCCGAGUGAACCAGACACUUCCAUACGGGAUAAUUUGAGGUAGUUAAUUUUAUAGUGAAGUGGGUUGAAGCUGUGAGGGAAACGACUCUGGUGGUAGGGGUGAUGAUCGACAUGAAUGGAUCAGGAAAAAAUAACUGAGCUCGUUAGAGAAAGGCUCUUGAUAUCAUAAAGAAGUAUUAUGAGAAGUAUAGUAUGUAUUGAUGCCUUCAGCAUGAUGUACGUACAUCAAUAUAUAAGUUACAAUUGAGGUGAUAAGCUAGACUAACUAACUAGCAUAAACUAAGGGAUAAAACUUAACCCUGCGUACAUGAUAAUUACACGUGAUAAACAUAUGUUAAUAUUAUGGUAAUAUUAUGCUUCAAUAUUGUUAUCCUAUUUAUUCACUUUGUAGCUUAGGUUGUUACAUACAUGCACUCAUACAUGCAUACAUAAAUACAUGUAUGUAUGUUUGUUUGUAUGCAUGCAUGGAUGGUGCAUGCCCCACACUCAUCAUAACCUGUAUUUAUAUUUACGUGUAUGUGUUAGUAUAUUUCUAAUUCUCAGCAUUUUAUACUACGUAUUUGUUCUGUGAUGGUGCUAACAUGUUUAAUCUUUGAAAUGUUUUAGAAUUUUACAACUGGAACAAAGUCUGGGUUAGGUAUUGUGACGGCUCAUCGUUCACAGGAAACUCUCAGAAAACAAAAAACGGCACAACCUAUUACUUUAGGGGAGCCAGGAUUUUCAAUGCAGUGAUACAAGAACUGCUAGGCAAAGGAAUGGACAGGGCAGAGAAUGCUCUUUUACUUGGUAGUUCAGCCGGAGGAGUUGCUACUGCCAUCUACUGUGAUAGAUUUCGUGGCUUUCUCCCCUCUGCUUUUCGGGUGAAGUGCUUCUCAGAUGGAGGAUAUUUUUUCCUUUCGAAUCAUCACAUCAAAGGAAACCAAUUUCUAUCAUUCUUUAAAGGGUUGAUUAAUUUGCAUGGAUCCACUGACGCUUUGCCCAAAUCCUGCACUUCCAAACUCACUGCGGCAUUGUGUUUCUUUCCACCAAAUUUGAAAGAUGGCAUCUAUACCCCUAUAUUUUUUCUAAACUCUGCAUUUGAUCUGGUUCAGAUCAAUUAUACGUUGUCAAUUGAGUAUGCCGAUUGUGCAAACCACAGGAAUUGCUCUUCAAGACAAGUGAGAGUCCUACAAGAUCUUAGGACAGAGCUCUUAGAAUUCUUGCCUCCACUAACGAGCAAUUCAACAAAAGGAGUGUUGAUCAACUCUUACCCAAGUCAUACCCGAUUAUUCGACCCUACUUGGAAUUCUAUGGCACCUGUAGCUAAUGAGACUUAUAAUCAGCUUUUAAGAGACUGGUAUUUUGACCGAAAACGAGUACAAAUAAUUGACCAGAAUCCCUGCCCGGACGUCGAUUGCACACGGCCACCAUAUUAGUUGAAUUAUUUAGCUUUUCAACUUUUUAUCACUUAUUAGAAAUCUAUAUCGGAAAUUGUCCUAAAUAGGUCUAAUGAGUUCCUAAAAAGCACAAAUAGGACUACUACUUUUUAAAUUCCCUAAAUAGGACUAAACAUUGAUUUUCUACCCUAAAUACCCCUAAGAGUAUUAAUUCAUAAUGAAAUGCUUUAAUUCAUAAUAAAAUCAUAAAAAACAUAAAAAAAUAUUUAAAAAACGUAAAAAAUAUUUAAAAAGCGUACAAAAAUUAUAAAAAAAUUAUAAAACAUUUAUAAAUAAAAAAUUUUAUUUUUUAUUUUUUUUAAUUUUUUUUUUAAAUAAUAAAAAAUAGUAAAAACCCAUAAAAAAUGAAAAACAUUAUGGAUACCUUUCCCACCGCCUCCCGCCGCCUCCCAGCACCACCACCUCCGAUUGGUGAAAUUUCUUCCACUUUUGGUAAAAAAAUGCCAUCUCUUUCUGAAAAUGCCAAAAAGAUGGCAUAAUUACUCUUCAAUAUGCCAACAUUUUCAUUGAAUAUGCCAUCAUUAUGACAUUAUUUAAAAUGUUGGCAUUUUUUUCUCCGGUGAUGGGAGCUGGUCGUGCUGGGGGGUGGCAGGGGUGGUAAUGUUUUUUUUUUAAUUUUACGAUUUUUUUUUAAUUUUUUUUAUUUUUUUUUAAAUAUUUUUUUUUAAUUUUUUUAAUAAUUAUUUUUAUUAAUUUUCUAUUAUCUUUUUACGAUUUUUAGUAUUUUUUUCGAUUUUUAUUAUUUUUGUAUGAUUUUAUUAUUAAUUAAAACAUUUUACAAGUUACAAGGGUAUAUUUGUCCAAACACACAUAAAUAGUCCUAUUAAGGGAAUUUAAAAAAUGUAGUCCUAUUUGUGCAAUUUUGCCACAUUUUAGUCCUAUUUAGGAAAUUCACUCAAUCUAUAUAUAUAAAAAUGAAGUUCGUAUGGAAAAACCUGUUCCCGCCUGUUAACAACAUGUUUAAACAAUAAACACACAUUACACAUGCAUGUGUACACCGCUGGCUUAGUGGAUUUGUGUAUAUAUUGUUACUAUCCAUUGCCCAUUUUU